AUGUCGUCGACGUACGAAUCACUCCUGCCACUCACCUUUGACUAUUCCGUUCCACCUCCAAGCAAGAAGGACUGUCUGUACGAGAAUUCACAUUGUAAUGGUGACGCCGUUUUGCACAGUCCCGUGCCAUCUCAACCAUCGAGUUUUCAGCGAAAAACUGUGUACAAAAAUGGAACCAUAGAAUUGACUAUUAUUGACGAUGAGCCGGCAUCGUCGACAUCAUCCUUACCGCACAGUAGUCAUGACACUGCUGAUCAACCCGAUGAAAUCGUCAAGAACCUUUCCGGAGUCGGCGAACUGCUGUCGUCGCUUCGAGGAGAAAAGACUGUGGAUAAGAAACGUAUCAUAUUAGAUAGCUAUGGAUUAGAUAUAAAUCGACCACGACGACCAUUGCCGGAAUGUAGAAUUGCCCAAGUCGUGCAGCGGGUGGCUUUCGGCGACCAUCAAGAAGCAUGUGACUUGCCUCCACCACCACCUCAUCCUACGGAUGUUGUGUCGGUUCGAAAGCUGAUGCGUUCGAAAAUGAUUCGCUGUAAGCGAUGCAAGAAUCGUUUCAUCGAGAGGAACAUUUACGAACGGCAUUUAAGGGACAAGCACCCUGAAGAUUAUACGGUGUAUAUUGAAGAGCAGGAAGCAGAAAUGGAGCAACAACGGCAGGAGGAGAUAGAAGCUAAUCGCAUAGAGGAAUUACAAACCGGUGGAUUUAUCCCACCGGAAUCGGAGAUCGAGGCCUCAACUUUUGAAGUGGACGUUGAGGGAAUUCCCCUUCCCGGUGAGAACAAUGGUGGCGUUGCUCCCCGUUUUGACCAGUAUGGAAGAUUAAAACAACUUAAGCGACCCUACAAGAAGAAGAUAUCUCCGCAAUGCCCUUUCUGUGAUAAACGGUUUCGCAAUGAAUACUCGUUAAAGAAGCACUUUAUCAAAAAACAUUCUGAAAUGGUUGAGUUCAAGCAGUGUACUCGGUGUUUCAAAUGCUUGAAAGAUGAAGAAGAAAUGGAAUCUCAUCUCUGUGAAUUAACGUUUGUCUGCUUCGAAUGCACGCCUAUUCGAAACCUAUGCAGUGAUGUACGCUUAUUAAAUCAUCGGAAGAAGUUUCAUCGAGGCGCAAAUUCUGGAUUCAAAUGUAAUCUAUGCAAUCUGAAGUUCUUAACACCGAGAAAAUUGCGUAAACAUAAAAAGAUGUCGCAUGUUUUCACAAAAACGUACCAGUGUCAUUUCUGUGAAGAGAUAUUCAUCAGCGAAGUGGCAGUGAUGACGCACGAACGGAUUCAUACUGGCAUUAUUAAAUUCGAAUGUCGGAUUUGUGACUUCAAAGCCAAUCGCUUCAUUCAAAUGGAGGAGCAUCGUAAAAACGAACACGGUUACAUUUGUGCGAUAUGUCAAGAACGAAUGGCUGAGUGGAGUGACAUGAAACAUCAUACGCUGCUGAAACAUGGUGGUUAUUUGACCACAGAGCAGAACGCAGGUAAAAUAUAUGCCGCUUUAAAAGGUGCAAGUGGAUCAUGGCAAAAAGGGAAUUCCCUCGUGGGGGUGGGCGUGUCUUUGGUCGCACGCUCUAUACGUCCGUUCGACGCACGAGCAGCACCGAGAGGGACCCUCUUUGUGAAGAGGAGGACCUCAACGGUCUUCUAUACCUCGGAUAUGGAUGGAAAUCCAAAUCGGCGGCUUGAGAAGGUUGGACUAUAUCAAGUAGGACGAGCAAUUGGUCGUGGUAAUUUCGCCACUGUUCGAUUAGCUAGGCAUGAUAUCGCAAAAACUAAGGUUGCACUGAAAAUAGUGGAUAGAGCGGCGCUUGAUGAAGAAAAUUUGAUACGAUUAGAACGUGAAAUGCAGAUAUUAACACGUGUAAAUCAUCCCCAUAUAGUGAAACUGUAUGAGAUAAUGAGGACCGAAUCGUCAAUUUAUAUAGUAACGCAAUAUUGUAGUGGUGGUGAACUAUUUGAAAUUUUAAUAGAACGUGGUAGGACGGCAGAAGAUGAAGCACGGCGAUGGUUUGGACAGAUUGCGUCCGCCGUUGCAUAUUUGCAUCAUAAGGGCAUUGUUCACCGUGAUUUGAAAGCCGAGAACAUUUUAUUGGAUAAAAAUAGUAAUAUUAAAAUAAUUGAUUUCGGUUUUUCGAACACCCAAGCCCCGUCGCAGUUAUUACGGACAUGGUGUGGCUCACCCCCUUAUGCUGCUCCAGAACUUUUAUUAGGUAAAGAAUACGAUGGUCUGAAAGCCGAUAUCUGGUCGCUGGGCGUCAUUUUGUACAUUCUCGUCACUGGUGGCUUCCCGUUUCCUGGCGACAACGUUGAGAAUCUGAAACGAGCCGUGUUGUCGUGUCAAAUGAAGAUCCCGUAUUGGGUGUCUGUCGAGUGCGCCGAUUUGAUUAAGAAAAUGUUAGUGUUCAAUCCAUUCAAACGUUGCGGGAUCAACGCCGUCAUGCAGCACCGGUGGCUAAUAAAUUGUCAGUCGGCGCAGACCCAUCUGAUGGUGAAGAAUAGUAUGCUAGCAUCGGCUGCAUCAAUGCCGGAACGACGAUCGUUAAAGCUGAAUCCAACGAUUUUAUUGUUUAUGCAGCAAUAUGGGCGAUGGACGGAGGAGCAAAUAGUUGACGAGGUUCUCAAGCAAAACUUCGAGAGUUCAAUCUUUGCUACCUACGAAUUGUUGUGCGAUAAAGUUGGAAAGAACUCCUUAGAAGGAACUAGUGAUGACCAUCCCAGGCGUGGUUCACGUGGAUCGAUUCUGAGUGGAAAAGCGAAUGUAGAACCAGAAUCCGUUACGCCUACGAUCUCUGCCCAUCAUCUCGCCCAGCUGAACUUGUCAACAAGUUUUGAAUGCUUCCUGUUUGAGGAUUCCGACGACUCAUCCACCUCUGACAUUUGUGAAGAUUCGCCAUCAAGUUCAAGUCGAAAUCGAGCUCGUGGACGGUGUCAAUUCGGUGUUGCAAUGAAACAAGAAGAAGGCAAUCGAAACGAGCAUAGGAGGCAUACGUUAUGUGCAAGCGAACAAAUUUUGUCACCAGAUAUGAUGGCACAACUUCCCAUCGGUUCGCCACUUCAUCAGUUUCAGGCGGCCCUCAACCACUCAGCGCUUACCGAUGUGAUCAACAAUCCAGGUGGGACGAAUCUAUUAACCUCGCCUCAACUGCCUUUGUUCCCUGGCCUACCACUUUUGCCGAUUUUGGACUACACACGAAUGCUGCCAGUUCCAAACAGUGAACGACGUGCUUCUGCUGGCGAAAAUCUCUUGAAUCCGGGUGCUAUAGAUAGUAUGAAUCACAAUGUUCAAUCCACUCCAACGGGUAAUGUAACUGGGAGUGUUGAGGAAGAAGGAGAAGGGUACCUUAACAAAUAUGCCGGUAAAAGGAAUACAGUGCAUGGCGCAUCGUCACCGUUCGGUCCUUCAUCUCCAGUGCCACGGCAUAGUCCGUACACGAAAGCGUCAUCUACAGAAAGGCGUAGUAGUUGGGCCUCGCCAGCAAUCACAGCUCAGCAGCACCAGCAAUUAGAGCGAUUGUAUCGACAGGCGAUAUCUAGUUCAGGCGGUACCGAUUUGAUGGGCAUCCAAGCUCUACAAAAGGAAUUCCAGCGACUUGGGCAAAUUGCUGCACAGGGUUGCAGUCCAACGGCGAGUAGAUCACCAACACACUUCUUCGAUCAUCGAACAGCACAAUUCGGAUGUCCUCGUAUCUCAAUUACGGAUGAGCAUAAUCGAAGCCUCGCACAAGGUUCCGGCUUAUUCGAUCCGGUUAAUUUGUUUGAACAAAAGGUGAACGAGAUGGUUUUCGGUCAGCGACCGGCUACAGUCAUUGGGUUUGCUUCAACGUCGAAGUCGGGGACUUCUUCGCCUGAGCAGAACGUCAAGUUGGACGAUAAAGACUGCAUAGACGAUAGAGUGAAGAGUUUCGUCUCCACUCUCCCUCUGGUCGAUGUGGUACAGGAGUUGAAAAAUUGUUUAAACGAAAUGCAAAUUCGCUUUGAGGAGACAAAUGAGGUUGUAUAUAUGGACCAGGAAAUGCGUCGCUUAUCACUCUCAACCGGCGUCGAAAUCGGUUGUGCUACCUUGCCUCCAGAACAAAAAUCGCAUGUGGAAUUUGCGAUAGUCGCCGGCGAUUCGCCGACGAGUGAGUUACUUUGUGAUGAACUAAUCUCGAGGUUGAGAACAUUAGACCCAACCGCAUUAUCAGAAUAA